AUGAAUGGCAUUGUGCACAACGCUACCCAUCCGGACGACACCGAUCCGAACUUUCAUCUGACCGAGGACGAGAUGUUUGCCGCCAUCGGACGGUACCUUGACCGGCUUGUUCAGCUUGUCCGCCCGCAAAAGGUGCUGUUCAUGGCCAUCGACGGCGUGGCGCCGCGGGCCAAGAUGAACCAGCAGCGUGCACGCCGGUUCCGCUCCGCCAAGGAGCGUGAGGUGCUGUACGCCAAGAAGCUGAAGGUCAACCCCGCGCUGGCCGAGCUGGAGCAGUUUGACUCCAACUGCAUUACGCCGGGCACCGAGUUUAUGGCGCGGCUGACCGCGUACCUGGAGUACUUUAUCCGGAGCAAGAUCAAGACCGACGCCAACUGGCAGGUGCCGGACGUGAUCCUUUCGGGCCACGAGGUGCCCGGCGAGGGCGAGCACAAGAUCAUGGAGUUCAUCCGCCGCUCCAAGAUGCAGCCGGGCUACAACCCGAACGUGCGCCACUGCAUGUACGGCCUGGACGCAGACCUCAUCUUCCUCGGCCUCCUCACCCACGAGCCGCACUUUGCGCUUCUCCGCGAGGAAGUCACCUUUGGCCGCGGCAACUCGCGUGGCUCGGACAAGUUCAUGUUCCUCUCGCUGGCGCUCCUCCGCGAGUACCUCGAGUUUGAGUACUCGGAGCUCGAGCUCCCAUUCGAGUUUGACGUCGAGCGCAUCAUUGACGACUGGAUCUUCAUUUGCUUCCUCAUCGGCAACGACUUUCUGCCCACGCUUCCGUUCCUCGACAUUGCCGAGGGCGCUCUCGACACCAUCUUCAACACCUACAAGCGUGUCCUCCCCACUCUCGGCGGCUACAUCAACAACUCGGGCGAGCUCAAUCUCGCCCGCAUGGAGGUCUUUGUCGCCGAACUUGCCGAGUACGAGCUCGACCUCUUUGCCUCGUCCAUUGUCGACGAGGCUUGGAAGGGCCACAAGUCCGGCAAGGGCAAGGGCAAGGGCCGCGGCCGCGGCAAGGGUGCCAAGGUCGGCUCCCGUUCCACCGGCGAUGGUGUCAUCACCGACUCAUCGGCCUCGGCAAACGCCUCGGCCGUCGAGGCUGUCCGCCGUGGCGCCACCGCGUCCGCUAGCUCUGGGACCACCUCGGCCUCUACGCCGCAGCCGGGCGCCAGCCCGAAAACUAAGGCCAAGGCCAAGACCGGCGCUGCCAAGCCCUCGCUCCUUGCUGCUGACCUCGCGUCGAUGGGCGUUGACGACGGCGACGACGACGACGACGACGACGUCGGCUCGGACGCCGAGGUUGUUGUCUACUUUGACCCGAACACCGACUCGCUCGCCGACACUGCGGUGCUCGACGCGGGCGAGGCUGCCGUGCUCGCCGCAGCCGCUGCUGACGACCUCGCCGAGGAGAAGAACGCGUGGAAGCAGGCGUACUACAUGUCCAAGUUUGGUACCUACGCCGAGGCCGACCGACAGGCGAUGAAGGAGGCGUACAUCGAGGGCCUACUCUGGGUCCUCCACUACUACUACCACGGCGUCGCUUCGUGGUCGUGGUUCUACCCGUACCACUACGCGCCGAUCACGUCCGACUUGCGCGACCUCGCCGACCUCGAGUUCCACUUUGAGCUCGGGACGCCGUUCAAGCCAUUCCAGCAGCUGCUCUCCGUCCUGCCGGCCGCUUCGGCGCAGCUCCUCCCCGAGCCGUACCGGCGACUGAUGACCGAUGACGACUCGCCCAUCAUCGACAUGUACCCCGAGGACUUUGAUGUCGACAUGAACGGCAAGCGCAACGAGUGGGAGGGUGUCGUCCUCCUCCCGUUCCUCGACGAAGCCUCACUCGUCGCUGCCCACGACUCGAUUCCGGCGUCGGCGCUCACCGCUGCCGAGCUGCACCGCAACUCGUACGGUAGCGAGAAGCUGUACGCGCACGACCCGUCGGUGACCGAGGGCUACACCUCACCAUACCCGGCGCGACUGCCGGACAUUGUCGAGACCCACACUUCGGUGGCGACGUACUCGCUCCCAGAGAUUGUGCGCUACCAGUCGCGACUGACCGAUGGCGUGGCACUUGGUUCCGCUGGCCCGUUUCUCUUUCCCUCGCUCGCCUACCUGCCGAUUGUCUCGACCCGACUCACCGCUGUCCCGGUCAAGGUCUUCAACUACCCGUCGAAGCACCCGUCGCUCGUUCUCGAGCUCGACACUGAAGCCGAGCUGGACGUGGCCGAGGCCGACGCUGCUGCGCUCUCGAACCUCGCGUCGACCCUGCUCUCGACGGUGGUCUACGUUGAUGCGCCGUACUUGUUCCAGGCCCGAGUCGUCGGCCUCGAGGCGCCGCAUGGCGCCAUCAACGCUGCCGGCAAGUACCGCGCCUUUUCCAAGGCCGAGGCUUCAGGCUUUGUCCGCGACUACGCCUCAUCUGCUGGCGACUACUACUUCCAGAAGGCUAUCGAGGUCUCGAACCCAGACGAUGGCCGCCGCGGCGUCGGUGUCUUUGUCGUUGUGCAGCGCGCCGAACGCCUGCUUCGCUCGUCCAAGACUGGUGCCACCUCAGUCCAGUACGCGCAGGUGCGGGAGAAGAUUCCGCUCUCGCUCAUUGUCCGCCCGGACGACCUUGCUCACGGCGAGGGCCGCGCUGGCGACCCGCGGUUUGCCACCCGCAACGCCGUGCCGCCGGCGGAGCGCCACCCGGCUGGUCAGCUCGUGGUCCACCUGCCCAAGGGCAAGGCCGUCGAGUACUACGGCUCGUCGGGCAUUGUCGUCGGGCCUGCGCCCGACGCCAAGGGCAAGGUUGUUGUCUCCAUGACCGGCCCCAAGAACGUGGCGAAUGUUGGUGCCGGCGUGCUCAACUCCUCGGCCACCAACACCGGCUUUAUCACCAUGGGUGCGAUGGCGAAGAAGGUUAAGACCUCGUUCGGCGCCCUCGCCCGCCUCAUGGGCCUCGUCUUUGUCGAGCCCGGUCGCGGCAACCUUGGGCUCAAGCUCAAGCUCAACUCGAAACGGCUCAAGCGACUCGGCUACGUCGAGGAAAUGUGGGACGCCAAGUCGAAGCGGUUCGACUGGUUCUACUCGCCGCUCGCUGUCGCGCUGCUCAAAGAGUACAAGGCCAAGUUCCCGGCGGUGUUCAAGGUGCUCGAGAAGAACUCGCGUCUCGACAAGUUUGAUGCCAACAAGCUCUUUGCCAACGAGGGCGGUAUCGGGUACGUCAAGGAGAUCGAGGCCUGGUUCCGACAGCAGCCGUUCUGGAAGGCGCCGAUGGUCCCGGUCACCACCCAAGUCGCCGCGCCCGAUGUUGUGGCCAACCUCGAGCGCGCGCUCGACAAGCAGGUCAAGGCUGCCGACGCCAAGACAUCUGAGCCCACCGAGGUCACUGUCUCGUAUGCCGAUGUUUUUGCCCGCGAGGAGACUGGAUGGAUUCCGCCGGCCAACGCCAACACGACCUCGUUUGCCAUCGGCGACCGCGUCGUCUCGGUCGCGCCCGCUGGUAAGAUGCCGUUUGGCGUCCGCGGCGUCGUCGUUGGUGUCGACGACGAGUCGAUCAAGGUUCUUCUCGACAAGCCGAUGCUAGGUGGCGUCUCGCUUGGCGGCCUUGUCUCGCACCAGCGCGGCAUGUCUGUCCCACUCGGCGUCCUCGUCAACCUCUCCUCGCGCCGGGCCGCCACUCCGUCGCCUGCUGCGAGUGCGGGCCCGUCGCGUUCGCGCGGCGGCGGCGGCGGUGGUGGUGGUGGUGGUGGCGGCCGAGGCAAGCGGUCCAACAACCAGCGCCGUUCGUCAGGCCAGUCUUCGCGCAGUGGUGGCAAGCAGCAGGGUGCACCGGCUGCCCACCCCGCUGGCCAGCAGCAGGCUCAGAAGCCGCAAUCGCUGGCACAGCCGCAGAACCAGAGCCAGGGUCAGGGCCAGGGUCAGGGCCAGGGUCAGAGCCAGGGUCAGGGCCAGGGUCAGAGCCAGGGUCAGAGCCAGGGUCAGAGCCAGGGUCAGAGCCAGGGUCAGGGCAAGAAGAAGCGCCGUAACCGCAACCGCAAGAAGAAGGGCGGCGCCAAGACUCCGCUGUCGGCCAUCCCGAUUCCUCCGGCGCCCGGCAUCCAGGCUCCGCCGCAGCGCGCACCUGUCGAUGCCAACCAGGCCGGGAAGAUGCUGCUGUCAUUGAUCCAGGGCAGCGCCGCCGUGCCGGCGAUGCCCGUCGGCGCUGUACCGUCUCACGCCCAGCUCAUGGCCCAACAGCAGCAGUGGCUCCAGCACCAGCAGUGGCUCCAGCACCAGCAGUACCUGCAGUGGCAGCAGCAGCAGCAGAUGCACCAGAUGCAUCAUCAGCAGAUGGUGGGCGGUGCCUUUGCGCCCACCCCGGCCUCGCUCGCCGCAACCCCUGCCGCAACCCCUGCCGCAACCCCUGCCGCAGCCCCUACCGCACCCGCUCCUGCACCCACCGUCACACCGAUGCCGGCCCUGCCAGGCCUGUCGCUCCCCGAAUAUCCGGUAUUUGUUCCGGCCUCGGCCCAGCCUCAGACCCAGCCGCCCCAUCAUGACCACCACCACCACCAGCAGUAA